AUGACUUCAUUCAUAGAUCAAUUAAUUGAAAAACAUAAUGAUAUAUAUAUCAAAUCAAUAAGUCAUCCAUUAACUAAUGAAAUAUGUCAAGGAACACUUCUAAAUUACAAAUUAUAUACAUAUUUAAAUCAAGAUUUAAAAUUUUUUGAUUAUAGUUUAAAUGUAUUAGGUAAAACAUUAGCAUUAUGUAACUUAAAGAGUUCUUCAAUAAGAUUAUCUAAACAAAUUGGUUGGUUAGCUAUAGAUGAAAAUGAUUAUUUUAUAAAUACUUUAAAAGAAUUAGAAUCUUUGGAUUUACCUGAAAUUUCAAAUUUAAAAAGGGAUCAAAAAAUUUUACCUCAAGUAUCUAACUACAUCAACUAUUUAAAAUACCUAAUCAAAGAUUGUAGUUCAUAUUUAGAAUUAAUUACUUUUUGUUAUGUAAUGGAGAAGGUUUAUUUAGGUUGGGUAAAAUAUAAUGAAACAAAUGAAUCUAUAGCUCCAGAUUUACCUCCAAAAUUUCAAAUUUGGAUAGAUUUACAUAAUGGUAAACAAUUUAUUGAAUGGGUUGAAUUUUUAAAAAAUGAAAUUGAAAGAAUUGUAACCGAACUGAAUCAAGAUGAAUGUGAAAAAAUAUUUAUAAAAUCUGUUAAUUUAGAAAUUGAAUUUUUUAAUGCUUGUUAUGAUUAUUAUGAAUGA